AUGACGGAAACAGCGUUUCGAGGGACACUACUGCUUCUUCAAAACCGCACGCGUCGGGACCCGGAGGCCUACCGUGACGAGUUUCUCACACAACUUGACCACUUCAAGGCACUCACUCAAACCGUCGCGACACAAAAAGAGACAAACCCGCAGUAUGUGGCAGUGCUCAAUUUUGUUUGUCAUGUCGGGCACUGCUACCCUAAGGAGUGUGAAGAUGUAGCGGAAAUUGUAUUGAAGUUGCUGCAGGACUUUAAGGGAAGCACUAUGACGUCGGAUUUACGGCUCGUACUGGUUAAAUCUCUGGCGCUUCUUCGUUCCAAAAACAUCGUCUCUGCUGAGCGUUCCUUUCCAUUGUUCUUCGAGCUGCUUCAAGAGCGUGACAAGGUCCUGAGACGCGUAAUUCUUUCCCAUAUUGUCAGUGACAUCCGCAGGGUGAACAUGCCAGGCGCCAAGAACGGUGCCGCCGUAAAUAAAAAGGCACAGAACUUCUUGUUUGGUGUGAUGGCAGAUGACGACCCAGUGCAGGCUCGCUGCGCUGAAAUGGUGAUGAUUGAUUUGUACCGCCGCCGUGUGUGGGCCGACGAGCGAACAGUGGAGGUGCUUACGCAAGCUUGUUUUUCAAGGCACACCGCCAUUAUCCGAACUGCACUACGUUUCUUCCUCCUACAGAUGCCGAAAAUAACUUCCAUGGACAGCAAAAAUGAAGACGAUGAUGAUGACGACCCGGGAAGAGCCAUAUCGAAAAUGAAACAGAAGCUGAAGAUCAAAAAGAAGACAGGUAAACGAGAACGAAUACUGAAACGUGAGGUUGGGGCAGUAAAGCGGAAGUACAACAAGGAAGAGAAAGAAGAGGAGCUACUCGCGAAGCAGCACGUGGAUCCCAUAAGGCUGCUGCGGAACCCACAGCAAUUUGUUGAACGGUUGCUCGCACGUCUACAGAAGACAAGUGAGCGGUUCGAGGUUCGUGUUCUCUACUUGAAUGUUAUUGCGCGGACGGUUUCCGAACAUGAGGUGGUACACCUUCCUUUAUAUGGUUUUCUAGAGCGCUACAUGGAACCCUCGCAACUUCACUCCACACAACUGCUGGCGCUUUCUGUCAUGUGCACUCACCGUAUGGUGCCCCCUGACGCCCUCGAACCGCUCGUGAGAGCCAUCGCAAACCACUUCGUUUCUGACCGAUCGUCUCCCGAUGCCAUUACGGUUGGGUUGAACACAAUACGCGAAAUAUGCAAACGUCAGCCCCUUGCAAUGAACGCGGAUCUUCUAAAGGACCUUGUUGAAUAUAAAUCGCAGCGUGGUGACAAGGGUGUAGUAAUGGCUGCCCGCGCUCUCAUUCAGUUAUUCCGUCAUGUUUACCCGGAGCUGCUUCCGGGUAAACUACGAACAAGGACAGUCGAUGCCUCUACUGGGGAGGCGCCCAAACCCGUAUACGGGAAGGAGCAUGUGUACACAGAUAUUCCCGGUUUGGAGUUGCUUUAUGCUGAUGAGGGAAGCGACGCGUCUUCUCACAGCUGUUGCUCUGGCAGUAGUGAUGACGACGAUGACAGCGAUGGUACAUGGGUAACGGAUAGUAGCGACUGCGACCCAGACGAUAUUGAAGGUAGCUUUGUCGAUGCCUCUGAAUGCAGUAGUUGUGAUGAAGAACACGAAGAGUGCCCCCAACUUGUAACCGUCAAACCUUCUUCAGGAGAACCACCAUGUAAAGUAACAAAAUAUGAAAACAAUGCAAUAGGUGCUGAAUCGCAACCCUCUUUUCGUGAGGACAUGCCAUCCCAAGUACACAAGCCUUCUAACCAAGACAGCGACACGCCAAGUGAAGAAUCGGGUGGCAGCAGCGAACUGGAAGAGGAACUGGAAGAGUUUGAAGAAGUCGAAGGGGAGAGUUACGAUGAGGAGGAAGGUGAUGAUAGUGAUGUUGAGGAAGGAAGUGAAGAGGAGGGAGAUGAUUCUUCGUUUUGCUCUGAAGAGUGGGAAGAUGAGGAGGAGGAAGCAGAUGAAGAAGAGGAUCAACCCUCACAAAAGGGCGAAAAAGACGUUGAAGGGGCAGGUGAGUGGUUUGAGGACGUUGACAUUAACUCGACGCAACCAUCGCAACGUUCAACAGUAUCCAAACUGUCGUCGUCAGCGGCGCGCAUUCUAACGGACGAAGACUUUGCUCGCAUCCGAGCCCUUCAAAAGAAGCAACAACAGGGUAAACUACUCUCAAAGCGUAAAGGAAAAGAUGCAGAGGCACGAGCGAAGAAACGCGAAGCUCUCAUUCACAGCGUUUCAGCGGAUCUCACAGCAGAGGUCAUUGAGCAUUUCACUGAAAAGAAACGUACAGAAGACCGACAGGAAAAGAUUGCUCGCACUGAGGAACUGAGGCGGUCAAAGUCCAAGUUUGAGGCUCGAAAGAAGAAGAAGAGCAAGCUCAACUCUACUCAUGUGGAGCAUUCGAAGAGAGGAAAGUUGUUUAACAUGACAAAGCGCUCACGACGGGUCGGGGCAAAGUUGAAAUCUUCUGUGGCUGACCGUUCGAACCGAAAUAAGGAAAACAAAAAGAAGGACAUUAAGUUCCGCAUCCGCCGUGGAUGGAAGGCAUAA